GUGGGAGUGGCUGGGGUCAAAGGUUAAACACGUGGUACCUGGGUGAGUCAGCAAAGCUGCUACAGAUAUUAUUUUCUCUCUUCUUUAAGCUUCUACAGCCUUGCAAGGAGCCAUGGAGUACAUGCAAGAAGACAGUACAGUUACAGAAAUAAAACCAAUCAUUCUGUGCUGCGAAUGUGGUACCCCCAUUGAACCAAACCCUGCCAACAUGUGUGUGGCGUGUCUACGCACACGAGUGGACAUCACUGAGGGAAUCCCAAAGCAGGCGCAACUCUACUUCUGCAAAGGCUGUGAGAGGUACCUCCAACCCCCUGCCACGUGGAUCACCUGCACCCUCGAGUCCACAGAGCUCUUGUCAGUGUGUCUGAAGAGACUCAAGGGACUGGCCAAAGUUCACCUCGUGGACGCAGGGUUCAUAUGGACCGAACCUCACUCCAAGAGGGUAAAGGUCAAGCUCACCAUUCAAAAGGAGGUACUUGGGUCAGCCAUCUUGCAGCAAGUGUUUGUGGUGGAGUAUGUAGUCCACCAUCAGAUGUGCACUGAGUGUCAUCGCAGGGAGGCAGCUGAUUUCUGGAGGGCUGUGGUGCAAGUCAGGCAAAAGAGCUCACACAAGAAGACCUUCUUCUACCUGGAGCAGCUGUUGUUGAAGCAUCGUGCCCACACCCUUGCCACUCGUAUCAAGGAAACUGGAGAUGGAAUCGACUUCUUCUUUCCAACAAAACAAAACGCUCGAAAACUUGUCGAUUUUCUCUCAUCAGUGGCUCCUUGCAAGUACAAGAUGUCUCAAGAGCUGGUGUCACAUGACAUCAAUAACAACACCUUCCAGUACAAGCAUACCUUCAGUGUGGAGAUAGUACCCAUUUGCAAGAAUGAUGUUGUGUGUCUGCCGUUGAAGCUGUCUCGGUCGCUAGGCAACAUCGGACAAGUUGUCAUCUGUAAACGAGUAACCACAGCGAUACAACUAAUCAACCCCCAGACACUGCAAGUUGCUGAUGUGUCUAACACGGUGUACUGGCGGACUCCAUUCUCCCCUCUGUGUGACUAUAAGCAGUUGCAUGAGUUCUAUGUCCUCCAUAUUGAGCCAUUGGAGAGCAAGACUGGCGGAGCUUCUCGUAGCGAUAAGCACAUACUGUGUGAUGUGUGGGUGGCCCCCAUACAUGAAGUGGGUGUGGUCGACAUCCUAUGCCGCACCCACCUGGGACACCUCCUCUCAGCAGGGGACCUUGUCUGGGGGUUCAAUCUAGAGUCUUCCAACUGUAACGACACUAACCUCGACGCUAUGAAGUCUGAGGACAAGCCUACCGUGGUCCUGGUCAAGAAGAGUUAUGGAGACAAGAAGAAACGCCAUCGCAUGAGGAACUGGAAACUGCAGCAGAUGGAUCGUGAUAUGGAGGCAACAAACGAGGAAGAGUACGAGGCGGACUACACCGAGUUCCUCGAGGACCUGGAGGAGGACAAAGCAUAUCGUAGUCACGUCAACAUCUAUCACGAUCCUCAUCCCGUAGGCGCGGGCGUGAGUGAGGGUGGUGAUGAGUCAUUGACCUCUGACCUCCCACAGGUCGGCCUGGAGGAGAUGCUAGGGGCCAUGACCAUUCAGGAGGUACCCAUUGUGGAGGCAAUAAAGGACGAAGAUGUUCUUAUGACUGAUUAACUGUGUAUUUUUCAUUUGAUGUCUGUAAAAAACAAUCAUUAAUUUGCUGUA